CCAAGCAUCCAUUUUUAAAUAUAAGGAAACAAAGGCUUGAGACAUCAAGGAAACUUGCUUAGAGACAUUAAGGAAACAUCAAAACUGCCUCAGGUCUGGUGUAACAAAGUGCCUUUCAGGAGCUGAGAUUCCAGUUCAGGCCUGGACUCCCUUCACCAGGUUAGACCAGCCUCUGUCUCUCUUUCUUUCUCUCUGGGAGCAGCGUGGUGUAGUAGUUAAAUUAACAGGCCUAGACUUGGCUUCCAGGGUUUGUUUUGCUAUCUAAAAGCUAUGUGACAUCUGGUAAAACUUCCUGGAGCCUUGGUUUCCUUAUUUGAAAAAUGUGGGCAAUUCGAUAAAUGAGCGAGCUGACUCACCUGUAAGAUGCCUUCUAGCUAGUCAUUCCAAGAUUUAAUGAGGGAAAAGAAAAUUAAAAACAAAUUCCCUAUGCAUUCAGUGCAAUGAGAGGGAUACGCAUUCCCUGAAGACAGAGGCUCGCUCUCUUCCCUUGUACUCUGAGCACUUGGUCACAGGUCUCAGUUCUUCACUGAUGUGUCUCAGACGGAUGGAAAAGACAAAUGAGUAAAAUGACACAAAGACCGAUAAGCGUUGAAGGAACUGGGGGUGGGGGGGCACCGGGAGCAGCAGGCUCGGUCAGGGGGCGAGGGCUGGAGGGCGGUCUACCCAGAAACGGACAAAGGUCCCGUGAGUGUAAACAUAGAUGGGAGGGAUCAGAGGCAGCUCUUCCCCAAGGCCAAGUUCAGCCGCUGUGUGAGGGCUAGAGGGGAGGAAGUCUGUGUUAGAGGCAAGGUCUUGACAAUAAAUCUUCAGAGAAGAAAUUGGUGACGCUAAUCCACGCGCGGCCCAGCUGCAGUCUCGGUCCCCUCCCACCACAUCCACUCAUCCGCGCGACUUGGUAUGCUCCGCCACCACAAUAAGCCUCCUUCCUCUGGCGUGCUAUUGGUACAGCCCAAGUUCUGAGGGUAGGAACGCAAGAAAGACACGCCCCUUGUCACGCCCGCUUUCUCUGAUUGGCUAGAAAAUUUAAAGAUCCUGCAGGUGAUAGGAUGAUUCUCCACUCCCAGAAUUUGAAAGUUUCCAGUGUGCUGCUUAUGCCUGCAGGCCGACUUUUCUCAACUGGUUCGUCCGAGCGCUGGCACAAACCUGCAGAGGCGGCGGCGAUGCUUUCGGGCACCCAGGCAGCGGCCGCAGAAUGCGAGGACGGAGAACUGCGGUGCCGUGUGGCUGUGGAGGAGCUGAGCCCCGGUGGGCAGCCGCGAAGGCGCCAGUCCCUACGCACGGCGGAGCUGAGCCUGGGUCGUAACGAGCGCGGCGAGUUGAUGCUGAGGUUGCAGGCGCCCGGGCCCGCUGGGCGGCCGCGCUGCUUCCCCGUGCGCGCCGCGCGCCUCUUCACCCGCUUCGCUGCAGCCGGGCGCAGCACUCUGCGGUUCCCCGCCGACAGCACUCUCCCGGCCAGGGCUGUCCAGCUGCUGCUCUCCGAUUGCCCCCCGGACCGCCUGCGCCGCUUCCUGCAUACGCUGCGCCUCAAGCUGGCUGUAGCCCCGGGUCCCGGGCCGGGCUCCGCCCGCACGCAGCUGCUUGGCCCGCGGCCCCGCGACUUCAUCAGCAUCAGCCCGGUGCAGCCCGAGGAGUUGCGGCGCGCGGCGGCCACCCGGGUCACGGAUACCAGGCCGGUGAAGCGGCCCACGGAACCUCCUGAGGGAGCCAAGCCCCGCACCGAAGUUGCAAGGUGGCCCCUGCCUGUGAAGAGGCUGAGAUUGCCCCCCACCAAACCAGAGCUUUCCAAGGAACAGGCUGCUGUCCUGAGGGCUGUCCUGAAAGGCCAGAGCAUUUUCUUCACUGGAAGUGCAGGGACGGGGAAGUCUUACCUGCUGAAGCGUAUCCUGGGCUCACUGCCUCCCACGGGCACUGUGGCCACUGCCAGCACUGGGGUGGCAGCCUGCCACAUCGGGGGUACUACCCUCCAUGCCUUUGCAGGCAUUGGCUCGGGCCAGGCUCCCCUGGCCCAGUGUGUGGCCCUGGCCCAGCGGCCCGGCGUGCGGCAGGGUUGGCUGAACUGCCAGCGGCUAGUCAUUGAUGAGAUCUCCAUGGUGGAAGCGGACCUGUUUGACAAGCUGGAGGCCGUGGCCAGAGCCGUCCGGCAGCAGAAUAAGCCAUUCGGAGGGAUCCAGCUCAUCAUCUGUGGGGACUUCCUGCAGCUGCCACCUGUAACCAAGGGAUCCCAGCUCCCACAGUUCUGCUUCCAGGCCAAGAGCUGGAGGAGGUGUGUCCAAGUGACCCUGGAACUGACUGAGGUGUGGAGGCAAACGGACAAGACCUUCAUCUCUCUACUGCAAGCUGUGCGGCUGGGCAGGUGCUCAGAUGAAGUCACCCGCCAGCUCCGGGCCACAGCUGCCCACAAGGUGGGGCGAGAUGGCAUUGUGGCCACAAGGCUCUGCACCCACCAGGAUGAUGUGGCCCUUACCAAUGAGAGGCAGCUGCAGGAGCUACCAGGUGAAGUACACAGCUUUGAGGCCAUGGACAGUGACCCUGAGCAAGCCCGGACCCUGGAUGCCCAGUGUCCUGUUAGCCAGCUCCUUCAGCUAAAGCUGGGGGCCCAGGUGAUGCUGGUGAAGAACUUGGCAGUGUCUCGGGGCCUGGUGAAUGGUGCCCGAGGGGUGGUAGUCGGGUUCGAGGCCGAGGGGAGAGGGCUACCGCAGGUACGGUUCCUGUGUGGAGUCACCGAGGUCAUCCGCGCUGACCGCUGGACGGUGCAGACCACUGGGGGCCAGCUCCUCAGCCGGCAGCAGCUGCCCCUGCAGCUGGCCUGGGCCAUUUCCAUUCACAAGAGCCAGGGCAUGUCCCUGGAUUGUGUGGAGAUGUCUCUGGGCCGUGUGUUUGCCAGCGGCCAGGCCUACGUGGCCCUUUCCCGGGCCCGCAGCCUAGAGGGCCUCCGCGUGUUGGACUUUGACCCCAUGGUGGUUCGCUGUGACCCCCGCGUGCUGAGCUUCUAUGCUACCCUGCGGCGGGACAGGGCCCUCAGCCUGGAGUCCCCAGAUGAUGAGGAGGCAACCUCAGACCAGGAGAACGUGGACCCGAACCUUUGAUCUGUGAAGAGAAGACAAAGGGUGGUCUCCCCCUCCUCUUGCUCCCUAGGGAGCCAGGCCCUGGGGGAUCCCAGGGGGAGGGUGGUCAGUGUCCCAUUCCUCCUUUGUCACGGUCUCUCAGCCUCCAGCCGGCUUUCCAUCCAUUUGCCAGCUGUGCCUCAGUUUCUCCCCUUGCCCUUGGUGAGCUGCCUCCAGGGUCGGGAGUUGGCAUGGGGCCUGCAGUGGUAGCUGGCUAUAUAGGACAGAGCUCUCUGAGCGGCUGGCCACAGGGCCACACAGUUGUGGGCGCUGCUCCCUGUGAGCUACGGAGAGGAGAGGCGGCAGGUGCUCCAAGAGGAGGAACAGGCUGUAGGGGUCCUAGCCGGGGACUCAGCUCCGAAGCAGAGAAAGGAACUUGGGGGCAGUCUUCAUAGCCAGAUCCAGUCCAGCACAACCCCACCCUGAGCCUAACUUGAGAACACGUGCUGCAAAAAUGUGCAUCUAUAUCUUAAGCUGCUCUUUUGGGAAAGACAUUGUUUGUGGGAGAAUAGAUAUUCUCAGACUGUAUUUAUUUAGGACAAAUAAACUGGUAAACUGUGUGAA